AUGCUCGCAAGCCUCGUCACCUCCCCCACUCUCGACCUCUCCUCCCCCCUCUCCCGUCGCAAACAAUCCAUCAUCGGCAGUCCCUCCAUCUCAGCCCACGCCCGUACCUCCUCCACCUCAGCCCACGCCCGCACCUCCUCCCGCUCCGUCGACCUCGCCGCGAACCUGAUCAACAACAACACCGUCGCGCGCGCGGCGGUGGCGCAGGAGUAUGCGAAUUUGAGGUAUAGGGAGCAUUGUCCGUUGGGGAUGUAUGUGACGCCGGCGAUGGAUAAUUUGUUGGUUUGGGACGCGGUUUUGUUUGUCCAUCGGGGGUAUUAUAUGGACUCGAUAUUGAAGUUCAGGUUGACUUUCCCGACGGAUUAUCCGGAACGACCGCCCAUGGUGCAAUUCAUGACCGACGUCUUCCAUCCGCUCAUCUCGCAACAGGACGGGACGUUCAAUCUUGCGCCUAAGUUUCGUCCGUGGAGACCGAAGGAACAUCAUGUUUAUGAUGUCUUACAUGUUAUCAAGGCUUCGUUCAAGAAACAAGCAUUGGACGAGAUCAAGGAACAUGAUUGUUUGAAUAAAGAGGCAUAUAGAUACCACGACUCAACAUCCUCCUUCUCCGGCCUCGCCACCCAAUCCUCGAUGCUCUCCCAGACCGCAUCGGCCCUAUUCGACAGCGACCAUCCUUCGCUGGCGAAGAAGGGCCCGUUGCAUGGGUUGCACUUCAAACAGUUGAAGGCGGAUAAGUUGGAUGGGUUGAGGAGACAGCUGGGGUUGAGGGAUUGGAGCGCGGAGUGAUUGGUGUGAUGUGGGUGGACGAUUCGGGUGUUGUGUUUUGGGCUUAGACGGACGCGGUUGAGAUGUUAAGGUGACGAGGGAUGAGUAUGUACGAUAUUUGGGAUACUACUGGACUACGGAUGGACAUCUCAUUGGUUGUGAUAUAUCAGUGUGUUGACGAGCAUCAAACAAGACCAGACCAGCAUCCAGAGUUCUAUACACAUCCGGUGAACUAUCUCAGUUCGAUGUAGCGCUUCGUAAC